AUGAAUGCAUCAGGUAACGGUAACGACUACCCGAUGCAUCCCGAAGACGGCGACGACCACAUGAUGGUGCAUCCCGAAAACGAGCAACGGAGGAAGGGCAAGGGGAGACAGAAGAUCGAGAUGGCGAAGAUCGAGAACGACACCAAUCUCCAGGUCACCUUCUCAAAGCGCCGCGCAGGCGUCUUCAAGAAGGCGAGCGAGCUGAGCAUACUGUGCGGCGCCGAGUGCGCCCUUGUGGUCUUCUCCCCCGGGUUCCUCCAAGCUAACGGCGGAGGUGGAGGGGCUCCGCCGCCAGUGAAUGCAGCGGAAAGGAUGAUCAUGGUCCACAGCGAGGCGGCCACGGCCCAGCGCAACCAGGAGCUGGUUGCGUUGGAGACGCGGGUGGAGCAGGCGAAGCAGAGGAGGAGGGAGCUGGACGGCAUGGUUCCUCCGCUGCAGAUGGAAAAUCUCAACUACGAGCAGCUCGAGCAGCUGAGGAACUCGGUGUUGAUGUACAAGCACGGGGUCGGAGCCAAGUUCAGCGGUGCCACGUCAUCCUCGGUGGGCCCCGGUGCUUAUCGCUACGGUCAGCCGGGGUUGGGAUACACGGUGCAGUAUCCGGCAAUGGGGGAUAAUAAUGGUAUGGCUGGCUACAAUUAUGGAGAUCCCUCCGCCGUUGUUCCGUAUGACCCCGCCACCGGCACCUCUAACGAUAAUUAUGGAGGAUUUCCCGGCAACUACCACCACCACCACCACCCUGGGUAUUAG